AUGAUAACUACAAUCGAAACACUACCUAAUGAAAUUCUUCUUCAUAUUUUUUCUUAUUUACCAUGGUUUGACAUGUUAACUUCUUUAUGGUCAUUAAAUAUUCGUUUUAAUUCUCUUAUAUGUUCAACUCUUUCGAUAGAUAAUAAUUCGUUAAACAGUGGUCUUGUUAUUACACAUGGUUUAUCUUAUAAUAAAUGUCGUUCGAUAUUAUUUUCGUUGAUCUCGAAUUGUUCGUCUCUUGCUUCUUCUAUUCAACGUAUUUAUUUUGAUGGAAGAAGUUCAAUAGCUUGUGAUCUUAGUUACGAAUGGUUAUUUACUAAUAAAAAUAUUCUUCGUUUUCCUAAUCUUAAAUCACUUAUUCUUAUUCGAUGUGAAUCAAUUGAACCAACAAUUCAAAGUUUAUCUUAUCUUAUUGAACAUCAAUUAGAUAAUCUUACAUUAACAUUUGACGAUCAAGUGUUCAAACGAAUUCACCAUUUAACAAGAGCUUCUUUGCCAACUUCUCAUAUAGAAAAUGAAAUGAUUAUGAUCAAACAAUUUCUUUGUAAAUUAUUCUCUGAUCAAUGUCAAUUAAUAUCUUUUCGACUUGAUAUUAGUAAUGAAUCUCGAGAUGGCAGUAUUCAUCGAUGUUUAUCAUCAAGUUUUUAUAUCUUUUCCAAUUUAAUUUCAUAUCAACAUCAAUCUUAUUGUGUAACCCUUCGUUAUUUAUAUAUCCGAAUUAAUCAAAUACGUUUUCUUGAAGAUCUUAUUGAACAUGUACCUAAUCUUGAAAAAUUAUCAGUUGAGUUAGAUUGUUCAUUAGGUUCGUUUGCAUCAUGGAGGAAAUCAAAUGUUGAAAUAUUAAAACAAUCAAAGACAAAUUGGUUUAAUAAAAUACAAAAAUUAAAAUAUUUUAGUUUAAAAACUUUCAUUUAUGAGGAUUAUGAAUUUAUUUAUUUAAAAUGGCUUCUCAAUAAUUUAAAUUAUAUUGAAAAACUUCAACUUCAUAUUAAACAUGAUAUAUUAAACGAAAGAAUAUGUCAUAAUAUAAUGAAAUCUUUGAUUGAUGCAAAUUUUAUUCGUCAAUAUUGUUUACCUGAUUUAAUACCGAAUUUAAUUUAUUUUAAUUUUUAUAUUUAUUGGAAAUGUCAAUUAUCAUUUAAUGAUAUUGAAAUAAUAAAAAAUUCAUUUAAAAUUCAUCCAUUUUUUAUUUCAUAUCAAUGGACAGAUGUAACAUGUUUAUUUGAUCCAAUAAUUGAAUGUCAACAUUUAUUCUCUUCUUUUAAUAAUACAGUUCAAUCUUAUAAUAGUUUUAUUAAUUAUUCAUAUAUUUUCAAUUGGCCACCUCUUUACAACAUUUGGUAUAAUUUAUAUCCAUCACUUUAUUUAUUUCUUGAGCGAUUUAAUGAUUAUUAUCGUCAUGUUUCGUGUAUCAAAGUAUAUAAAAAUUCCAUACAAGAUUUUAAUAAAACUGAUCUUCUAAUGUCAUUGGAAAUUUUAUCCAAUAUGAAAGAAAACAAUCGAAUUGAUGGUCUUUUUCGAAAUGUUACAAAAAUUCAAUUUGGAACAUAUUUUGAUCGAAGAAACCGCUAUAAUCAUUUGGCAAUUGAUCAGAACGAAAUACGUGCAAAAAUACUUGCUUAUCUUAUUUCAAUGACUGUACAACUCAAGUAUCUUCUUGUCGAACGAUUUGAAUGGCUUUUACAUAUUGUUCAAUACACAUCUGACAAACUAAUCAUCAACACCUUAAAUACUGUUCAAUAUGCUGAAUUUUGUCUUUCAAGUUGUCAUUACGGUUGUAGUGAACAAGUUCGUAUUGGUAAAAAUCUUGUGCCGUUUCUCAGCACAUAUAUGCCUCAUUUACAAACAUUACAUCUUUGGCGACCAGGUGAUUUUCCAUGGACAUCUACUCAACAUGUGACCGUCUUUGAACAAGAUCUUUGUCAAUUGAAGGAGAACUUAAAAGAAUUUACCUUUCUCAAUGUUUAUGGUAAAACUGAUCCCAAAAAAGUUGAACCUUAUCGGUUAAUGGUUCAAACUCGCUUUCCUCAUAGUCGAAUAGAUGUUGACAUAUCACGAUUUCGUUUGUGGUUUUAA